UGUCAUAGGAUGAACACUGCUGGCGGGGCGUAUCUGUCUGUGCUGUCCUCUCUCCUGGCUGUGCUCGGGGCCCUGGCUGCUGCGUCUGCCCUCGCUCUGGCUCCUCUGUCCGCCCUGGCCCAUGUUGCCUACGGGGCCUCCGACGUCGUACCCAGCGCCGGGGUAGCCGGACCCCCGUCGCCCAUCUCGUGCUCCAGCUUGGUGGCCGGGGUGCUCUAUGGCUCUUUCUCCCUAAGGGAGCUUUUCCCCUCCAGGGCUACGGGGUGCUCCUGGUCCCUGGAGAACCCGGACCCCACCAAGUAUUCCCUCUACCUCCGCUUCAACCGCCACCCAUCCAUCUGCCGGACGCAUUCCCCCAUGCUGCUUUCCCUUGAUCACCAUCUGGCCAAUCAAAGUUGUCCGCUUCACUUAGAGGCGGCCUUGGCCCGAGAUCAGGAAGUCAUUGAUCUCUGUAGGAGCCAGUCCAACGAGGAUGCUCCUUAUUCCUUCCUGCAGUUUGAUAAGAACUUCGUCCAACUAUGUCUCAGCAGACAUCCGGCCGCCGACGAACCUCAGGUAUCCACGGAUUUACUGGAAAUGAGGCUGGUGGAGGUGCUACUCAUCAACAACGAGAACUCGAGUCAGUUCACCUGCGGCGUGCUCUGCCGAUGGUUUGAGGAAUGUUUACGAACGGGUUACCACAAGGAAGAGGGUGUUCCGACCCGGGACGGUUGCGGGUUGACGCAAACGGGCUGCAUCUGUCCCAAUCACAACAUCAUGCCGGCUUCUAUCCCACUGAUACCCGAGACGCCUCACAGUUUCAGCAAUGGCUCGGCGGUUCCUGAUGACUGCUGUGUUACUGAGCUGCAUUCCAACGACGCCAUCGCCAUCGCGCCCAGAGACGUCCGACAAGACCCAGAUGAUGAUGACUUGAAGGUGAAGACGCAAAGACCAAGAUCAGCUGACCAGCCAGGUGUGUUUCAGGCACAAACAGGUGACCCUGCAGCUGAGGAAUGGUCUCAGUGGAGCGUGUGUUCUCUAACAUGCGGACACGGCUGGCAAGUGCGAACACGCUCCUGCGUGUCGUCCCCUUACAGCACUCUGUGCAGCGGUGCCCUCCGAGAGACACGCAUGUGCAACAAUACAGCUUCCUGUCCGGGCGAACCCGGGAUAAUAACCUCAGUGCAUGGACUGUGGCACGAGUGGUCCUCGUGGAGCCUGUGCUCUGUGACAUGUGGGCGGGGCUCCAGGACUCGAAGCAGGAAGUGUGGGAACGAAGGUGGGGCCGUGCCUUGCGGAUGGCCCGAGACUCAGACCAAACUCUGCAACAUUGCAGUGUGUCCUGUGGAGGGAAAAUGGUUGGAGUGGGGCCCGUGGUCAAGAUGCAGCGUCUCCUGUAACACGGGCACCCAGCAAAGGCAGAGACGUUGCAGCGUGUCCGUGCACGGCUGGGCCGAAUGUAAAGGCCCCCAUCAAGAAAGCAGAGAUUGCACCAACCCGUCAUGCACUGGUGGGGGUAACUGGGGCAACUGGAACCAUUGGAGCCUCUGCAGCAAGACAUGUGACUCUGGAUGGCAGCGGCGAUCCAGGAUGUGCGAGGGUAACGGGGAGCAAGGCUACCCGUGUCAAGGCUCGGCGGAGGAGGUUCGCUCGUGUAACGAAAAGAAAUGCCCCGCUCCUCAUGAGAUUUGUAAAGACGAGAACCUCCUCAUGAUGUCGUGGAGGAGAGCCUCGGCUGGAGAGAUUGUUUAUAACAAGUGUCCAACAAACGCUACUGGAUCUGCUAGUCGUCGUUGCAUGCUGGACAAUAAUGGAGUUGCUUUCUGGGGUCCUCCGAGCUUCGCCAGAUGCAUCUCAGUUGAUUAUGGAUAUUUACAUAUAUCUUUACGAGAGCAUCUCGCGAAGGGUCAGAGGACCCUGGCUGGUGAGGGCAUGUCUCAGAUCGUAAGAAGUCUCCUGGAGCUCUUGCGGAGGAGGAGCUACUACAGUGGCGACCUUCUCUUUUCCACGGAGAUCUUGCGAAAUGUGACGGACACCUUCAAAAGAGCAACCUACAUCCCAGCUCCUGACGACGUGCAGAAAUUCUUCCAGAUAAUCAGCCAUAUGUUGGACAUGGAAAAUUUAGACAAGUGGGAUGACGUACACCAGGUCGCCCCUGGUGCCGCGUUGUUAAUGAGAAUUCUAGAAGAUUUCAUUCAUCUCAUCGGUGAAGCCCAGAAGCCUUUUCAAAGUUUUUUGGUGGUUACAAACAACCUUAUGAUAACAAUCCAGAGAGAGCCCGUGUCAGCGGUUUCCAGCGAUAUAAACUUCCCCAUGAAGGGCCGGAGGGGGAUGAAGGACUGGGCCAGAACAGCGGAGGACAAGCUCUUCAUCCCCAAGGAAGUCUUUACUGUAUCAAAUGAAGAGGCGGAGACGGAUUCGGAGACAACGAUGUAUUAUGUCAUCGGCGCCAUCUUGUACAGGACUUUGGGCAAUAUUUUACCGGCACCAAACCAACCCGCGGUGAUCAAUUCCAAGAUCCUGACGGUGACAGUGCGACCAGAGUUGCAACCAAGUGAUCCUGUGGUGGUGGUGGAGCUCGCUACACUUUUCAACGGUACAUCCGAUUCUCAGUGUGUGGUGUGGGACUACGGCAACCCGGAAGCUGGCGCUGAAAACUGGGGCACCGAAGGCUGCCAAACGCUCACAUCAACCACUGUCCAAACCAAAUGCCUGUGCAGCAGGAUCUCCACCUACGCUGUGUUAGCGCAGCAAGCUAAAGAGCCGGAAAUGGGUCCCACCAGCAUGCCCUCGGUGCCCCUCAUGGUGGGCUGUGGGGUCUCCUGCUCUGCUCUGCUCAUCCUGCUUCUUAUCUACGCUGCCUUCUGGAGGUAUAUACGCUCGGAGAGGUCCAUUAUCCUGGUGAAUUUUUGCCUUUCCAUACUGGCCUCCAAUUUAUUGAUUCUGGUGGGACAAUCACAAACACUUAGCAAGGGCCUAUGUACCGUGACUGCUGCCUUUCUCCAUUUCUUCUUCUUGGCCUCGUUCUGCUGGGUGCUGACGGAAGCUUGGCAGUCCUACCUGGCGGUCAUCGGCAAAAUGAGAUCGCGACUCAUUCGCAAGCGCUUUCUGUGCCUCGGCUGGGGUCUUCCAGCCUUAGUUGUAGCAGUGUCGGUCGGGUUCACUAGAGCGAGAGGUUACGGCACCGCCAGCUAUUGCUGGUUGUCUCUUGAGGGAGGUUUGCUUUACGCCUUUGUUGGACCUGCUGCUGUCAUAGUAUUGGUGAAUAUGCUCAUUGGAAUCGUGGUGUUUAACAAGCUCAUGUCUCGAGACGGCAUCUCCGACAAGUCAAAAAAGCAGCGAGCUGGUGUCCCGGUGGAGGCGCAUAGCCGGCUUCUCCUGAAAUGCUCCAAGUGCGGCGUGAUCUCGAGCACGGCUCUCUCCAGCUCGACUGCCAGCAGCGCCAUGGCGUCUCUGUGGAGCUCCUGUGUGGUUCUUCCUCUGCUGGCCCUCACUUGGAUGUCAGCUGUGUUAGCAAUCACAGAUCGCCGCUCGACGCUUUUCCAGGUCCUCUUUGCCGUUUUCGACUCGGUUCAAGGUUUCGUAAUCAUCACCGUGCACUGCGCCAUGCGGAGAGAGGUGCAAGACGCCAUGCGCUGUCGGAUGGGAGGAUGCAAAGACGACAGCGAGAACUCGCCAGACUCAUGCAAGAAUGGACAGGUGCAGAUCAUGACCGAUUUUGAGAAGGACGUGGACUUGGCAUGCCAAACAGAGAGAGGACACCCAUUCAUUUUCAAGGAGGUGAACACCUGCAACCCCGCUACCAUCACCGGCACCUUGUCCCGGAUUUCCCUGGAUGACGACGAUGACCCCAAACUAGCCGCCCAUCAGGACGGGGGAGUCGGGGUCAACUUCAGUUCCCUGCCCGGGAACAUCCCUCCUCCCAACCUUAUUGUGCAGGUUCCACCACUUGGAGGGCUCAAUGAACUGAGCGAGACAUCAUUGAAGAAGGAGAUGAAUGUCGAUCAGCAGAGACAACAGGCGCCACAGCGUUGCGGCGCUCCCAUCUAUUUGUGCACCGAAAGUGGCCUCGGCUGGGCGAGACCGCCCGGGUCCUCCAACACCUCCCAGGACGGGAGUGCCGGGAGCGGGGGGAGCGGUGGUGGAGGAGGUAGCGGAGGAGAGGGGGACUACAUGGUCUUACCUCGACGAACUGUCAGCAUCAAACCCCCGACGCCGUCCUCCCAAGACCUGGGACUGGGAGGUGAAGACAAGCCUCUCAACAUCACUGUGGAGGACCCCCCUUUCCCUCCUCCCCCCUCCCCCUUGACCCUCCACCCUGCAGAGAGCGAGGCCUACCCGGCUGAUUUUGUGCCGUCCAACGUGGGCGACAUGAACAUCAACAUGAACCUGAACCGCUCCUACGGGACAAUCAAAACCCUGCCCCACGAACACAGCCACGUGAUGGCUCCGGGCGGUCUCGUACGCCCCCAUGGGGGCCACAUGCACCCUCAUGGCCAUUCCCUCCAGCUGAAGCCGGGCCAGAGGCCAUCAGUCAGACAAAUUCUGACAGGGGGAACGGCGGUGGAGAGAACCAGAACCCUGCCACGCAACUUGGGUAGCAACAAUGCCAAUGCUAGCCUCUCAGCAGGAUCCCUAGAGAGGAAAAGAGUACGAUACUCUGAGCUGGACUUUGAGAAAGUGAUGCACACUCGCAAAAGACAUUCUGAGCUGUACCAUGAGCUCAACCACUCCUCCAAGUUCCACACCAUAGACAGGUAUAGCAGGGACCCAGCCAUGUCCACAUUCAAGAGGGAAAAGCGAUGGAGCAUUUCAUCUGCUGGAGGUGAAAAGAACUCAUCCAGUGACAAGUCAACCCCUGAGGACCGAAGCUCGUGGGACAGUUUUAAGACCAUGACCCCCGAGUUGACCAUCAUUCCAGGGGAGCAGAAAGACCGCAUGGAGCUUCACAAUAAGAACUGGGACUCAUCGUCGGCAAAUACCCCGGACUCAUCUGAGGGUGAUUUCCAGACUGAAGUGUGAUCACAGCAAACUUCAGAAGAGAUUUACAUCAACACACACGCAGAAUCUUCUGCAACAUGCUCUGUUGGAUUCUGGGGCGACACUUUGUUUACUGCUGCAGUAGACAGACAUGAAGAGAAGACUGUUCGAAUCUAUAUUUUCACAAAGACUAUUCAAAAGACAGAACAGAAACUUGACACGUCUGUGACUGAAGAUCAUUUUUAUGUCAACCAAGAAACUAUGAACAUUUAUUGCGGACUACAAAAAAAAAAGAAAAACUGAUUUUCAGAGGGGAGAAAAUUAAGACUUUCUGCACCGUUCACAUUUUCUUACAGUGAGGGGAGGGAAAAAAAUAUUUGACCCCCUCGCCACCACCCAAUAGCCAGACACUCUGCUUUCAUUUAAAACUUUGUCCCUGCUAAUGAAUGAUAAAAAGCAUUCUCGUUAUUUUAUUUUCUUUUGUGUCGUUUUAUUAUUUUUUUUUAAUUUGAAUUAGUGGGUGGGUGGGGGCACAAAAUAAGGUGCUCACAAAUGUGCCAUCCUCUUCUUUAGGUUCUGAAAAGUCCCAUCUUGACACCCUUCACUCAUCCUCUGUGUUAACAUUGCAUUCCACCUUUUUUGUAUUUUCUAUGGCUUAAUUCAAUAAAUGUCCUCCCAUAUGG